GGCAAAAUGCUGUUGCGUGUUCAAUUCGGGGAAGAGCAGAAAUACAUCAAGCUGUCUGAGCUGACAUUCAGUGCUUCCUUGAAAGAAGUGUCUAAAAUACAACAUACCAGAAAGCAGGCAGCCAGACAUUAAGGUGUAUGACCAGUCAGACACAGAAGUUGACACAGAGGUUUAUGAAGACAUAGUGAAGGAGUCACCUGGAACUCUGAGAAUCAAGCUGGGCAAUGAAGGACUUGGUGCCUCACAAUCAUCAUCAUGGCACCAGAAGACAGAUGAUUAACAUACUUGCUGCUGAGAUGACAGAAACACAUGGGUAAGCAUUAAGCAUAUAGCUGGGCUGUAAAUAUUGUUAUUAUUUUACAAAUAUUAAUUAUGUAAAUUGUGUUGUGCAAUGUCAUUUGAGUGUGAUGUUAACUUUGAAUUCAUAUGCUAGGACAUCCCCCCCAAAAGUGUCAGAGUGAUGUAUGCACAGGGGAUAGUAGCUUUGUUUCCCUAUCUAGAAGACCCAUACUCACAACAUGGAUAUGAACAUUACUACGAUCCAGAGAGUGGUUCAGGAUACCUUGCAUGGCGAUUGAAGACCAUACAAAGAAAAACAGCAGAGGAAAGAGGUGCCUCAGUUAGCAAAUCUCCUAAAGUUGGUGGGCCAGGCCGUGUUCCUCAGACCUUCACCUUUGACAGAGAGCCAUCCGAUGAGGAUGUGGAAGUAGCUAUUGCUGUUUUGAGACACUCUGCUGAUGAAAAGACUGUCUGUGAGAAGAUGAAAAUGACCUUCAUGUAUCGGCAAGCAAUGGUCAACAAUGAAGCCAAAUCAUCAGAUGUCUUCUUGGUCUUCCCACGAUUUCUGGACAUACCAGGCCUGAUAGAACAAGAUUUCAGAUUUCUGCUUGGUGAGGCCACGGCCAACAAAUUCUUUGAGAAGUGGCCAACCACUUUUAAAGCAAAAGUUUUAAAGGAAAGCCAUGGACUUGUACCCACCACAGAACUCUUGGAUUUGAUGUGCAAUGCUGAGUCAGCUGCUGAAGUUGAGAAUGGCUGGGACAGUGACAUGUCUGACAUCUUGCUGCUGCUACAUCUGCUACCACCAUCUGCCCAAGGUAGAAAGAGGCCGGGAAAGCUUUCUGUGUAUCAAGCUGUAGAUCAGCUCAUCAGAUUCCAAAAGGUUGGAACCAGUGUGCAGCAGCAUCUAGACAACAUUACCCAAAGCAGUCAGCCCUACCUUCUCGCCCAGGGAUCCACACAGAGCACCAUUCAUUCCUACUUCCUUGUGGUUGACAAGCAUGCACUUCCAUGCAAGGCAACAGGUUCAGUUGGAGCUUUUGACGAACUCUUUAAAGCCCAUUACGUCUUUGGUACUUCAUACAGUUCUUCCCUUAGCAGCUUUUUCACUUUUGUGCAAACAACCAUCUAUAACAUUGACAUGGGGGAAACAAAGGAGACUCCUAGAGUUGCGGGCGAGAAUGGUGCAUUAGUUGAGAUAAAACUAUGAAGUGUUUUCUUUGCAAAAGUGACCAUGGAAGUCCAAACAACCUUGUUAAGCACUUUAAGGUAAUUCAUGGGCUUUGUACAGGCAGGACCCUUUUUCUGAAGCGUGCCAAAUUGCUUUCUCUGGUAAACAUUUUUAUGAUGUUAUACAUGUUUCUGUUUUCUGACAAGGCAAUGGGUUUGCAAUGACGUUGUAAUUCUUUAAAUUCAAUGACGUUGAAAUGCUUUAUUUUAUUUUCCAAUAAAUUGAGUUCUGUGAUCUAG